UACAUUGGUAUGCACAUUUUAGCUCUUCCUAAACGAACUUUGAUCCAUGGAAUCGCCUCUGAAGCGCGCCCGUUUCUCUUUGCAGAGCGACGUGGAGGUUGAGGUGGCUGAUGGAGAAACGGUCCUGGUUCACUCCUAUGUUCUCAUGUCGGCCUCAGAGGUGUUUGCCAAGAUGUUGCAAUCCGAUGUCUUUAUGGAGGCACAAACUGGUCGCAUUGUGUUGAAGGGUAAGACACGCGAGGAGCUUCAAGAGGUCUUGAAGCAUCUUGACCUCCGGAAUGGAGCUGCACCACCGCCUGUGACGGAUCAGAAUGUAGAAUUACUGGUGCGCUUUGCAGAUGAGUAUCAGGUCACUGGUUUGCGAGACCGUUGCAUCUCUGCCAUGAAAGUGCUGGCAAAGAAAAAGAUGUUCCGCUAUUUGAAGCUGUCAAUCAAAUACAACAUGCCAGACAUCGUUAAGCUGUGCGUUCAACACUUGGUCGAACUGCACCGCCCAAGACCUCAACGGAGUCCAAGUCCACUCUUUCUGUCGAUGCACGCUCGAGCGACCACGGAAGCGGAUCGGCAAGCGGCUCGGCAAGCGGCAGCUUUGAGAGAAAAAGCCAAGAAGACCCUGCUGGGCAUGGAAAACAACCCAGUUGUGAGGAGCACAGUGUACCGUGAGUUAACAAAGUUGAUUGUAGGAGAUACUAAGGUGGAGAAACUGGUCGAUGAGGAAUCAUCGGUGCGUUGCUCAAGACAUUGGAAGAUGUUGGUGACCAUGUUGCUUGCGAUGAGAGUGCAAUGCCCAGAAGAGCGAACCGUGCAGGAUUCCAUGUCAGGAGAAUGGAUGGCUGCCUUUUGGCCCUUGUUGCGAAUGGCUGUGGCGGACUUUGAAACAACCAGAGAUGCAGAGUACAAGGACAUGCUGACCCAACCAGAAAAUGGUGUGCAGGAUGAUCAGGAAGCUGAAGAAGAGGAGGAAGAUACUGAGGAUGAGGAGGUUAAUCCAUCAUAAGCAUGAGAAAAACGCCACUGGUGCACCUGAUUCAAGCCAAACAAAUGCUGGAC